AUGUCGCGCAAGGCAGUAGACUCGCGGAUCCCCGCGCUCAUGCGCAAUGGCCUCCAAGAGAAGAAACGCAGCUUCUUCGUGGUCGUGGGCGACAGGUCCAAGGACGUCAUUGUGAACCUGCACUUCCUCAUGUCCCAGUUCGACAUCAAACAGAACAAGUCGGUGCUGUGGGCUUACAAGAACAAGCUUCUGGGCUUCACCAGUCACCGCAAGAAGCGCGAGAACAAGAUCAAAAAGGAAAUCAAGCGAGGAAUAAGAGAGGCCAACUCCGAGGAUGCCUUUGAGCUCUUCGUUUCGCUGUACAACAUCCGAUAUGUCUACUACAAGGAGACGGACAAGAUUUUGGGUAACACGUACGGAAUGUGUAUCCUGCAAGAUUUCGAGGCGAUCACGCCAAACAUCUUGGCGCGGUGUAUCGAGACGGUCGAGGGUGGUGGUCUCGUCGUGCUGCUGUUGAAGGGCAUGAACAGUCUGAAGCAGCUCUACAACCUUUCCAUGGAUGUUCACUCGCGGUACCGGACGGAGGCCUACCACGACGUCGUCGCCAGAUUCAACGAGCGUUUCAUCCUCUCUCUGGGCAGCUGCGAGUCUUGUCUCGUGAUUGACGACGAGAUGAACGUGCUGCCCAUCUCUGGCGGCAAGGAUGUCAAGGCCCUGCCACCCCCCGACCUCGACCAGCCCAAGAGCGAAUCGCAGAGGGAACUGGAAGAUCUGAAGGAGUCGCUCCAGGAGACACAGCCGGUUGGAGCGCUGAUAAAUCUUGCAAAGACGAACGACCAAGCAAAGGCGCUGCUCACGUUUGUGGAUGCGAUCGCCGAGAAGACGCUGCAGAGCACUGUCGCCCUGACGGCAGCCAGAGGUCGUGGUAAAUCAGCAGCGAUGGGUGUUGCUGUCGCGGCAGCCGUUGCGCACGGAUACAGCAACAUCUUCAUUACUUCUCCGUCCCCCGAGAACCUGAAGACCCUGUUUGAGUUUGUGUUCAAGGGCUUCGAUGCGCUGGGCUACAUGGACCACGUAGACUACUCUAUCAUCCAGUCGACGAACCCAGACUUUAACAAGGCGAUUGUGCGCGUCAACAUCCACCGACAACACAGACAGACCAUCCAAUACAUCCGGCCGCAAGACGCACACGUCCUCGGACAAGCCGAGUUGGUCGUCAUUGAUGAGGCCGCUGCCAUUCCCCUGCCCCUGGUGCGAAAGCUCAUGGGCCCAUACCUGGUCUUCAUGGCCUCCACCAUCAACGGCUACGAAGGGACGGGCCGCUCGCUUUCACUGAAGCUUAUCAAGCAGCUUCGAGAACAGUCUCGAGGUGGCGCAAACCUGGCAGCCGACACCGAAGUUGCGGACAGGAGCACCGGAAGGACAGCAAAGGCUCAAGAUACCGCGAGCUACUCUGCCAGGAAGCUGCGCGAGAUUACGCUGUCAGAACCUAUCCGUUAUACACAGGGCGACUCGGUCGAGAAGUGGCUAAACAAGCUCCUGUGUCUUGAUGCCACACUGCCGAGGGCCAAGGCUGGCGUGCAGGGGUGCCCGGAUCCUGCGCAGUGCGAACUUCUCAAUGUCAACCGUGACGCUCUCUUCUCCUUCCACCCCGUCCCCGAGAAGUUCUUGCAGCAGAUGGUGGCUCUCUACGUCGCUAGCCAUUACAAGAACUCGCCCGAUGACCUGCAGCUCAUGAGUGACGCCCCUGCCCACGAGCUCUUUGUCCUUGUCCCUCCCGUCUCGGGUGACGGAAGCCGCCUUCCCGAGCCUCUCUGCGUCAUCCAGGUCUCCCUAGAAGGCAAGAUCAGCAGGCAAAGCGUGCUCAACAGCUUGAGCAGAGGCCAGAGGCCAGCGGGUGACCUCAUCCCGUGGCUGGUCAGCCAGCAGUUCCAGGACGACGAGUUUGCCUCGCUCUCUGGCGCGCGCGUCGUCAGGAUAGCGACCAAUCCCGACUAUGUCAACAUGGGAUACGGUUCAAAGGCACUACAGCUCCUGGUCGACUACUAUGAGGGCAAGUUCACCAACUUGUCGGAGAACGGCGCUGCCGCAGCAAACGAGAAGAUGACUCGUGUGACCGACGCCGAACUGGCCAACGCCAGCCUGCUCGUCGACGAUGUCAAGGUGCGGGAUCUUAACAAGAUGCCGCCCUUGUUCUCUAGGCUCUCCGAGAGGAAACCGGUUGGUCUCGACUACGUUGGUGUGAGCUACGGCCUGACGCAGCCUCUGCACAAGUUUUGGAAGCGCGCAUCUUUUGCGCCCGUGUAUCUGAGGCAGACGGCCAACGAUCUCACUGGCGAGCACACUUGCGUCAUGCUGAGGCCGCUGGAGAACACAGACGACCGUUCCUGGCUGGGCGCGUUUGCCCGAGACUUCCAGAAGCGGUUCCUCUCCCUGCUCUCUUACCAGUUCAGGGUCUUCCCUUCCAUAAUGGCCCUGAGCAUCGACGAGUCCGCCAAUGCCGGAGCCAAGCUCGACCAGGCCGAGCCCAGCCCGCUCACCAAGGCCGAGCUGGACAAGCUCCUGUCGCCCUUCGACCUCAAGCGCCUCGAGUCGUACGCGAACAACAUGCUCGACUACCACGUCGUGCUGGACCUCAUCCCGACGCUGGCGAACCUGUACUUCACGGGCCGCCUCAGGGGCGACGUCAAGCUCUCGGGCGUGCAGCAGAGCAUCCUGCUGUCCAUCGGCCUGCAGCACAAGGACAUCGACGUCGUGAGCGAGGAGCUGUCGCUGCCCGUGUCGCAGCUGCUGGCCAUGUUCAUCAAGAUCCUGCGCAAGAUGACGGCGCACUUUGGGUCGCUGGUCGCCGCGGCGGCCGAGGCGGAGCUGCCGCGGGCGGAGAGGCUCGGCGUGAGCAUGGCGGACGCGAGCGGGGCGCACGACGACGAGGUCGUGGACACGCGGUUCGUGCCGCUCGAGACGUCGCUCGAGGAGGAGCUCGAGGAGGGCGGGGACGAGGCGCUUGCUGCGGUGCGGAGGAAGCAGCGGGAGCUCAUUGACUCGCUUCCGCUGGACCAGUACGAGAUCGAGGGCGACGCACCGGCGUGGGAGGAGGCGGAGAAGCAGGUGGCGAGCGCGACCAAGGGCGGCAAGGCCAACCCCGUGGUCAGCGUCAAGAGCAGCAAGGCGAAGCGCAAGGCCGGGCAGACCACGGCUGCCGAGGUGUACGAGGAGGCGUUUGGGGACAAGGGGCGGAAGAAGCACAAGAAGGCCAAGAAAUGA